CUAUAAGGCCUUUGGAGGGGAGGGGCUGCCACAGCUCCUGGAGACACCCCAAGAUGAAGACAGCCCUACUGCUCCUUGUUGCCCUGGCCGAGGCCACUGGGCCAGCCUGGGCUCUCCACUGUCACAUGUGCUCCAGCUCCACCAACUGUAAAAACCCUCAAGCCUGCCCAGCCAGCUCCCGCUUCUGCAGGACCGUGACCAAAGUGGAGCCUCUGCGGGGGAACCUGGUGGAGAAGAGUUGCGAGGAGUCCUGCACGCCCUCGUACCACCUGCAGGGCCAGGUCAGCAGUGGUGCGGCCUCCACACUCUGCUGCCAGGAGGACCUGUGCAACGCGGGCCCCCACAGCCAUGCACCCACCCGUGCAGCCACCUGCUCCACGCUGGGCCUGGUGGUGACCCUUGGCCUCAUUGCCCUUAUCUUAGGGCCUGGCCUGUGACCCUGGCAAGGGCUCCGUCCCUUCCCCGCCCUGCCCCUCUCCCACCAUGAUGGGGCCUCAGACACCCUGAGCCAGGACUUCCUUGGAAGGUCUGGGGCCAGGCUCUGCAGACGCACAGGACCGAUGAUUUGGAGCCAGCCCCUCCCUGAGCCGUGGGAGGGCAGGGGACAGAUGGCAUCCUGACCCCCUUCUGAUUUCAUAUUCAUUCUGUUUGGUUUCCUUUAUUUCUGCUCAAACCUCUGCAUGAAAAUAAAUGAUGGAAAACCAG